AGAAAAUGAUAUGGGAUAUCAAUCUUAUCAAUACCGUCGUCAAAAUACCUUGUGGAAGUGCUAACACUGAAGAACAUAACAUGGUCUGGUUCCAUUGAAGAUACCAGAAUGGGGUUUCAGAUUGAGGAUCUGUAUGAUCAUUUUGGCAUCCAGAUAAAUGAUGCAAAGAUAAACCUGAUGAUGUCUUCUUCUGCAACUCUCCCUCUUUUAGAAAAGUUUAGUGCUACUGCAGACUUGGUAUCCUGUAUUUUACCCGAUGAACCAAUCCUCAAAGGAUUGGAGGUACGUGAUAACGUCGAGUAUCUUCAUUUAGGAUAUAGAUAUGAUGAUGUACUGUACAAUUAUUAGAUGUUUUUAUUAUAAUGUACCAGACCUUUUUUAUCCUUUCGUGAACAAAUAUUGUCAUUUACCACAAAAUGGGUUUGGUCUUCCCUUCAAAGAGAGAUUUGCAAAGCAUUUGUUUUUGGCACAUGGAUUUAACUCUUAGAAUAUUGCUAUGCAAAAGUGGAUGGAAACCCACGGAAGAUCCUGUUAAAAUCAGAAGUUUCUAUAGGAGUAUGUAGAAAUGGUUUGUUGUUCGAUGUUGGUGGUAAAUCUAGAGCGUGAUAAUGACCUAAAAUUACAUCGAAUUGGGUAAUGUUUUCUUAAAACCCUAAUUUUGAGUCAAACCCCCUUAUCCUUGUGUUUGUUUGCUUCCUUCCUUUCAUGGGGUUAGACAUUUUCUAUAUUUUAUGCUUCUUUUCCUAAAAUCUCUUUUAGAAAAAGCACGUCUACCAUUGUUCUUCAGACAGUACCCCGUAUCACACUAAAAGCCUUAGUAGUUAGUUCUAAGGGUUAACUUGAUUUUUUAAAAAUACAACUAAUCCUAUUUGUCUCUUUUGUUGCCUAUGGUUUUCUACUGACUAUCUGCUAGUCAAAUCAGACUAGGCCGCUAUUAUGCAUAAAUAACUGGAUUUCUGGCAAUAUAAAUAGAUGUGUAUUAUGACGCAAAUUAUGGAGGCUCUAAUGUGAAUGCAUAAUAAGUUAUUGGCUGGGUUUUACAGGUUCACGUACAGGUUCAAUCACUUUAUGUUCACUUCUCUGCUUCCAUUUAUGGGGAACUUAUGGGACUCAUUAAGCAGUUUAAUACGCUUCUUCCUCCAUCGAACUCCAAAGCUUCACUUGAACCUUCAUCAAAUGUAUUGCAGACCUCCGUUCAUCCCUGGUUUUCUAUUGAUGUUAAUAUGGAUGCAGUUUAUUUGUUAGUUAAUCUUGAAGAUAGUGUGGCUGAUGGCUGCAACCUGAACCUCCAUUGUCAGAAGCUAGUCAUCUGGUACGACCAAAGAGAUUUUCCAGAGUGCUGGGCCUCUGUGGAGACUUGUCGGAUCACUGCUAGUUCCCCAAAAGAUGAUUUUGCAAACCAUGUACUUUGCUCCACUGGAAAUAUGCUGGGCUCUGAAUCUUUAAGUCAGCGCAGUAUGAGUGUGAAUAUUGAUGGUCCAAAUAGAGCGUUGGGUCCUGGAAGUUCAAUUGUUGAUGGGUGCAUUGUUCUGCAUCUUGAAGCCCUCAGAAAUACAAAAGGAUUUCUUCAACAGUACACAAUAUAUGCAAAUAAUAUUGACAUUCAUUGCUAUGCAUUAAUUGUUGGGAAGUUGGUUCGAUUUUCAGAUAAUAUAGUAGUGUACGGAGAAUCUGACAUUGAAGGCAGGAAACCAGGCCUGGAAGAUGAAAACUCAUGGAGACAUGGUUCUGAAGCCCACGAUCUUUUGGAUGAAAUUGGUUCUUAUGAAUCAUCAAGCAUCCCAUUAAAUCACUUCCCUGUCACUACUGCUGAGAGUCUCAAUUCUCUUUGUAAUAAGGAGAAUAUAGUUGAAGAUAUGAGGCUCAGAUUCAGUAGAACUCUCUAUUUGAGAGGCCAGAAAUUCAGAGACUCCAACUUUAGCUGUGUGGGGAUGCCAAAUAUGCUUUCUGCUCCACUUGUGAAUUGUAACAGUGCUGUCAAUUCUUCAGCGCAAGAUUUUAUUGAUACUGAUAUGCUUCUUGUCAAUUUGAACCUUCAGAGCAUCACAGUGCAUUUUCAUGAUCCCUCAUGGACUCUUGGUACUAUUUUGGUACCCUUUGCAAAAUCAUUAUGCACCAUUUCUUCGGACUCUUUCGAUAUUGUUUCUUCAACUGAAGGAGUAGUCCUUUCCAUACCAUGGCAGUCUCAAAUAAUCAAUGAAUCUCUUUGGGGGCCGUUAUAUACAAAUCUUUCUCCAGUUCUAAACUUACACCUGAAGAAAACAAUCACUGGUCCACAAACUUCGCAACUUGAAAUGAGUUUCAGCAUCCGGCAAGUUUCCUGCAUCUUGCCUUCUGAGGUUCUGGCUAUUUUUAUAAGUUAUUUUUCCCAACCGUAUUGGAACCCUGGCCCAGAUAAACAGCCUACUAGCAGCAUGAGGUUUGAAGACUCAAGCACUGUUACAUAUAACUUUGAGAUCGUUGAUUGUAAUGUAAUUACGCCUGCUAACAGUCAUUGCUCUGAGUAUCUAAAGGCUAAUAUUACACAGUUACGCAUUGCUUUUUCUGAAAAUAAUAACCGAAGUUCUGUAAUCAAGGAUAUUCCUUCUGCAUGCUGUAUUGGUGCUGGCAAACUUUGUGAUAGAAAUCACUGUUUAGACUUCUUUGGAGUUGAUCUGUCUCUAUCUCUUUUGUUAGAGGAAGAGCAUAUGGUCGGUCCUUUGAAUGGACGCCAGAAUCUCGUCUUGAUUCCGUCACUCAGUGCAGAUGUGUGGGUGAGGAUUCCCAUUGGUUUUGAGGCUGAUGUUGCUUCUUCAUAUCCUGUUUGUAUCAUGGCUAUGGUCAGUGAUAUCCAGAUUGAUGUUGCAGAACUUUGCCCCAUUGCUGGAUUCAGUGCACUGGGUUAUGUCAUUGAUCAGUUUUCCAUGGUGGACGAAGCAUCCAAAAUUUUCACAUCUGAUUUGAUAGAUUUUGAACAGGCAAAGAAACAAAUGAUGGAAUAUGCUGCAUCGCUUCCUAAAACCUCAGACAUUGCUUUCAGUGACAUGAGAUUCUGUGUAAGCUCAUUAUCAUUAAGGUUGCACAGGUCGAAACGAGAUUCAAUUUGUUCUGAAAUGUUCGCGGCGGCUGAGAUGCACUUUGUGUGCUCUUUAUCACUGGGGAAUGGCAGACCUCCCUGUUUUGAUAUCUCGUUCUCAUCUCUGGCACUAUUUUCAUUCAUUAAUUCUGUUCUGCUUGCUGAAUUUGCUUGUCCUGGGUCAGGCUCCUCAGUUCUUGAUGUGAUUCUUUCAGUAUCAGAUCAUGGUGAGAACCGAAUAGUUGUGUCGUUUCCUUGUUUGGAAGUGUGGCUAUAUUUGUUUGACUGGAAUGAGGUUGUUGAUCUAGUUAGUUCUUUGAGUGACCAACUUUCUAUACUGACCUCAGGGGCAUCAGAAACUGUGUCUGGCAUUGCAGUAGAUAAUAAUAAAUAUGUAGCAGGUGAUAACCCAAAUCAGUUUGCAUUGGAAAGUGAUUGUCCUGGUUUUUCUACUCUAACAUUGGAAAAUAUUGGCAUGACUGUUCAUUUUCCUGCACUGGUCAGCAGAGAUAGAGAUAACAUAUUUGGGAGGCCCCAUUUUCAUGAUAAACAGCCUUUGGACGAGUGUUGUAGUAUUGCAGGUGUUAACCAGAAUUGCUUUCUUUCCUUCAACCUGCAAAGUAGAAACACUGAACUGGCUACUGAUGGCAAAACUGUGAAACUGACUAUCAGUUCUGGGAAUUUGAAUGGGAUCAUGAAAUUAUAUACGGGAAACAAUGUACAGUCCUGGCCUCUUUUUCAGCUUUCUAAAAUCUAUCUUGAGGCUGAGAUUUUGAAGUAUCAGACUGAAAAUGUUCACAUGAGUUUAUUGGUUCGUUGCGACAGUCUGGAUUUGUCAAUCUCAAACCACAUUCUUUAUCUCUUUCACUUUACAUGGUUUGCAAAAUCAGAAGAAACACCUUCUCAAUAUAAAUUCAAGAGAAUGGACAUCAAAGUGCAACUAAGGAAAUUUCUCUUCUUUUAACGGAUUGGAAGGGGAAUUCUAAUGGACCAUUGCUGGAGUUUUUGCUGAGAAACUCCUAUUUUUGGUCCA